UCAAUUCUUAUCGACCUUGAAGACCUUUGCCUUUUCUGCGUUCCGUGAGCAGCUCCAUAUCUGGCUAAAUAUUGUGGAACACUGCCCACGAUAAUGAACAGCUUUUUCGACAAUAGAGCCCGCGCGGCUGCGGCUGCGGCUGCAGCUUCAAGCUCUUCCUCAAAGACGCAGCCCUCAAAGGAGACCACUAGACUGCAACCCUGGGUCGAGAAAUACCGACCCAAAAGUCUCAGCGACGUAGCAGCUCAGGACCAUACCAUUACUGUUCUCCAACGCACACUGCAAUCCUCAAACCUACCACACAUGCUCUUCUAUGGCCCGCCCGGUACAGGCAAGACUUCGACUGUCCUGGCACUUGCCAAGGAACUAUACGGCCCCGAACUCAUGAAAUCGCGAGUCCUCGAACUCAACGCUUCCGACGAGCGCGGCAUUUCUAUUGUCCGAGAAAAAGUCAAGGAUUUUGCACGCAUGCAGCUCUCGAACCCCCAGCCCUCGUACAAGCAGAAAUACCCAUGUCCGCCGUACAAGAUUAUCAUCCUCGACGAAGCAGACUCAAUGACGCAAGACGCCCAGAGCGCGCUCCGACGAACAAUGGAAACGUACAGCAAGAUUACCCGAUUCUGUUUAAUCUGCAACUACGUCACGCGCAUCAUCGAUCCGCUCGCCAGUCGGUGUAGCAAGUUCCGCUUCAAGAGCCUCGAUCAGGGAAACGCGAAGAAGAGACUAGAAGAGAUUGCCGCCCUCGAGAGCGUCAAGCUCGAAGACGGCGUGGCGGAUACGUUGAUUAAAUGCAGUGAAGGCGAUUUGAGAAAAGCAAUUACUUUUUUGCAGAGCGCGGCGCGUCUAGUGGGCGCUGUGAAACCCGCUGGUGCCGCCUCCGCCGCAAGCAAUGGGGAAGCAGAUGGUGUGGACGGCAGUGCGAUGGAUGUGGAUGGACCUGCGGCAGGAGGUCCAGUCACGGUGAGAAAUAUUGAAGAGAUUGCGGGUGUUAUCCCAACCCGGACAAUCGAGAGCCUUGUCGACGCUAUGCAGCCGAGCCAAAAGGGCAGCGUGUAUGCUGCGGUUGAUAGGGUAGUUACGGAUAUGGUGGCCGAUGGAUGGAGUGCCACGCAGGUCGUGUCUCAGCUCUACCAGGAAGUCGUCUUCAACGACACCAUUCCCGACCGGCAAAAGAAUAAGAUUGUCAUGGUCUUUUCAGAAGUCGACAAGCGCCUGGUCGAUGGUGCGGAUGAACAUCUUGUAGUGUUGGACCUCGCACUGCGCAUUUCGGUCAUUUUGGCCGAGUCGUGAUUCCCACCCCCUCCUCUUUCCUUCCUUUAUUCUCCCUCUCCCUCUUCUUCUCUUUCUUUUCUCUCUCUCAAACUUUUCCCCGUGGACUUUUAUGGGCGCCAAAAAGAAUGGAGUUCAAAUGGGUUUUGAUACGUCUCCAUACUGUACCCCCCCCCCUCUUUUUUUUUUUUUUUAAAGAAUGUCACAUUAUCAUACGUUUCCUAUGUAUUUCUCAUGGAUUUAUCAUGCUCAUCUGCACGGACCGGCGUUUCAGGAUCAAGG